CCUGCCGCACCUGCGCUCAUCACGACUACACUGGAUUCAGCGUCGGAUCCGGAGGGCUACUAUACGAUCGUCUUGGGCGAGCAGCUCGACAACGGCAUGUACCAGGUCUUCUCAUCUCUUGGCAAAGGCAUGUUCGCGAACGUCGUGCGUGCGCGUAUACUGCAGGGUCCAGACACCGGUCGGGAGGUUGCUAUCAAGCUCGUGCGGUCGCAGGAGUCUAUGCAUCGUGCUGGGCAGAAGGAGGCGCAGAUUCUGAUGAAGCUCAAUCAGGCCGACCCGGAGGACAAGAAGCAUAUCGUCAGGCUCGAGCGGACCUUUGAGCAUCGCGGUCAUCUUUGCCUCGUCUUUGAGUCUCUCAGCAUGAACUUGCGCGAAGUUGUGAAGCGCUUCGGCAAGGACGUCGGCCUCAACAUCAAAGCCGUGCGAGCGUACGCCCAUCAGCUCUUCCUGGCGCUCAGCCUUUUAAAGAAGAUGAACGUCAUGCAUGCCGAUAUCAAGCCCGAUAACAUACUUGUCAAUGAGAGCAAGACCGUGAUCAAACUAUGUGACCUUGGCUCCGCCUCAGAUGCGUCCGAGAACGAGAUCACCCCGUAUCUCGUCAGUCGGUUCUAUCGUGCGCCUGAAAUCAUCAUGGGUAUUCCGUACGACCCCUCGCUAGAUAUCUGGUCCAUCGGCUGCACGCUAUACGAGCUCUACACGGGGAAGAUCCUCUUUCCGGGGCGCUCCAAUAACCAGAUGCUUCUGCUCAUGAUGGAGCUGAAGGGUCGCUUCACCACGAAGAUGAUCAAGAAGGCGAAGUUCGGCGACCUCUACUUCGACGAGAUCGGCGCGUUCAACAGCAUUGAGCGCGACCCAGUCACUGGCGCUGACGUGCACAAGAAGGUACACGUGAAGCCGGGACGCGAUCUGCGCGCACGGUUGAUGCCGCCAGGCACGAAGCUGCAGGAUGAAGAGAGCAAGGCGGUACUGGCGUUCGUGGAUUUGUUGGAUAAGUGUUUGGCGCUCGACCCUGCGAGGCGCAUUACGCCGCGGGAGGCGCUUGCACAUCCCUUCAUCCGCGGGUGAGUGGUGUGGGCAGUCGUUGGACGUGUCGCGCUUGUGGAUGAGACGCGCGAGAUCGUUGUCGUUCUGCUUGGGACCGGGUAUAAGGGUAUAGACAAGGCGGGUAGGGGCUCGUCCUAUGUUCACGGGGACGCGCGACCGGCCCUAUAAUAUGAUACGUAUGACGGACAGGGAUGCGUUCACUGUGUAUUAUAGACCCGAAAUGCAGGCAGAUCAUGUCGCAUGACAUUGACGAGAUU